UGCCUUUUUGAUUUUAUUAUUAUGGAGAGAGAAACAAGAAUCCAGAGAGGAUGUUUAUAAAGUUGGAAGCCAUCUAGAGGAAGAUUUGAGAGUUGUUUUAGUCGCAGCUGAGGACGAGAGGGAGAGAGCGCGGCAAUCUCGAAGCUAGUUCAAACUAGUGGGAGGUUGUUUGCAGAAACUGCAACCAAAAACAGCAGACAAGAACAAAAAUUUCACAAGGAAAACGGUAGAAAGAGGGGUUGAAAAUCAGUUGAUACAUAAAAAAAUAUGGCUCGUGGAAAGAUUCAGAUGAAGAAAAUCGAGAACCCUGUUCACAGGCAAGUUACCUUCUGCAAGCGUCGUGCAGGGCUUCUUAAGAAGGCUAAGGAGCUCUCUGUGCUGUGCGAUGCUGAAAUUGGCGUCGUCAUUUUCUCCGCUCAUGGAAAGCUUUAUGAACUAGCCACCAAAGGAACCAUGCAAGGCUUGAUUGACAAGUACGGCAAGACUUGCCGGGGAAGAGCUCCGGCUGAGCAAGCCAAAGAAAAGGAACCUCUGGACCCAAAAGACGAGAUAAGCAAGCUAAAGCAAGAGAUUGAAGUCCUCCAGAAAAGUCUAAGGUACAUGUCUGGAGGAGGAGCUGGGACAAUGACCUUAGAUGAACUGGAUGUACUCGAGAAACACCUCGAAACUUGGAUAUAUCAUAUACGUUCGGCAAAGAUGGAUAUCAUGUUUCAAGAGAUCCAGUUACUGAAGAAUAAGGAGGGAAUACUGAAGGCAGCUAACAAGUACUUACAAGAAAAGAUGGAUGAACAGCAUAGUGUUGUUACUGACAUGGUGCCGCUGAUGACUACUGCUACUAACAUUCAAUAUCCACUAACUAUACACAGUGAGAUAUAUCAGUUCUAAUUUUGAGUGCUUUUUGUGUAAUGAGUAUUUAACUGCAGACUAGUGUUUCGCCUCUUGAGACUUGGUGAUUUCAGAGAAUAAGUUUGGGUCUUUUAUUGAACCUUCUUGUUGCAUGUAUAAAUCCAACUUUAUAUACUUCUUUUACAUCAAACUUUAAAGAGUUGAUGUUGGUUUGUAGUAGUAUAAUAAAAAUGAGCAUGUGUGGUGUGCCCUUUUUAGUCUUUUGAUA